AUGCCAUCACCAGAUUACAGUGUGGACUUGGAGUUGAGUGAGCCGCCUCCGGAAGUUAUGGAGUACGCACGCCAGCACUGUGGGGAGGACCCUAACACACGCCUCCAAGCUAUCUAUGAGCUCAGAGAAAUGAUAUAUGAACGCGGAGAAUGCAACCCUCACCGCAUGGAUGACGAAUUUUUAAUUACAUUUUUGCGUGCUCGGAAAUUUGUACCUCAACGAGCGCACAGAUUGAUGGUUAACUACUAUCAGUUCAGGGAAGACUACCCGGAGUUAGUGGAAAAUGUUUUUCCGCUGGACUUACGGAACUUAGGCGAUGCCAACGUGAUCGCCGUACCUCCGUACAGAGAUCAAGAUGGACGCCGACUGCUAUUUUAUAGAGUCGGCUGUUGGGAUCCUAAAUCCAUUCCAAUAGAAGACCUAUUCAAAGCAACUAUAUUAGCUUUGGAAAUUGGUCUGCUGGAGCAACGAAGUCAAAUACUGGGAGGCGUGGCUAUAUUUGAUUUGGAAGAUAUAGGAACAGCACAUGCAUGGCAGAUAACACCUUCUGUUGCUGCCAAGAUGGUGAAGCUUUUAGUGUCUAGCUUCCCUGUGAACACUUAUGCAAUCCAUGUCGUGAACCACUCCUGGAUUUUUGAUAAAAUCUUCAACAUAUUCAAGCCUUUUUUAAAUGCGGAUAUGCGCUCCAAAAUCUACUUUCACCGGGACGACUUCAAGUCUCUCCAUAAGCACAUAAGCCCGAAUAAUCUUCCGGAACGAUAUGGCGGAGUGUGGCCAGAAUAUUCUUACACUAUCUGGCUGAACUCACUACGGAAGAAUUUCACAGUAGCAAAAGCUGUUAUCACUCACGGGUACAAGUUUCGGAAAGGAGAAGUUGAUGAGGAAGUGGAACGACAACUGCAAGAAAAAGGUAUUAAUUUAAGUUAA